AUGGACUUGCUGCAGAUCUACGAGUUCGAAGAUGCCGGCAAGAAAGCCUCCUGGGAAGAGAACUUAGUCAUGAAGAAGGCCAUCAAGGCGGUGCGAAGUCGGCUUUGCCCUGGCUUUGAUGGUACGUGGUGCAAGGUGAAGUUGCUGAGUGCUACGAUUGGUCAGGAGGAGAAGUUAAGUGAAGAAGUCAUGGUCAACAGCGUCGUUGGCAAUGGCGAGAUGUGCGACGCUUUGGAAGCAGCCUGUGCUUGCAUGCGCAAAGGAGAAGUCGCACUGGUUACGGUGAAGCCCAUCCCAUCUUUGCAUGUGCCGGGUGUGCCGAACCUCGAAGUGCCUGCGGAGUCUGGCAACGUGGUCUUCAAGCUGGAGAUGGUCGACUUCGGCAGCUUUGGCAAUCCACCGCCGGAGGAAGGCCCCAGUGACUCGACGGACCUGCUGGAGUUCUGCCAAAAGCAGAAGGAGCGAGGCUCAGCUCACUUCAAAGCUGGGCGCGUCCGCCUUGCAUAUGAACGAUACUCCAGAGUCGUAGCUCUUCUCCCGCGUUACAAGCGGCCUUUGGGCAGCACCACCAGCGUGGAGGUGUUUGAGGAUCCGGAAGAGCGACAGGCAUUGAGGCUCGACCUUGCCUACUCUGCUGCUCGCUUUUGCGAUGAGGUCCUGAAGGAGGACCCAAAGAACAUCAAAGCGCUCUACCGGCGUGCUCAGGGCCUGCUAGGGUCCAACGAUUUCGAGGAGGCGGAUUCUGUUGCCGUUGGAUCGGCGACUCCACUGUCCCUUUCGGACCCCCUGCUCCUGAUGAUGUGGGGGCGGGACUCAAUCGCUUGCUCUCACCGGAUGAUGCUGAUGAUGCCAUGGGAGGAGUUGAAAAUCGAGGUGCCGUGGGGGGGGAAACGGCGGUGGAUGAUCCUUCUCAACGCGGUCCUCCGACAGAGGAUGCGGGACAAAGAGGGAGACGACCAGAGAGAGGCGGAUCACAUAGGCACUUCCAAGAUGCCUGCUCCUGCGUCCUCAGCUAGGUACCCGCAUUUCGGUAAAGACAAUGACCACUACCCGAGUGAGCUGCGUGAGUUGGUUACUACACAGAAAAGCAUGGCAGUUCAGAUGGAGGAAUCAGGCCAGGAAGGACUGGCACGCAGGGCUGAUGCACAAGAUACUGCACUUCAACAGAUGAGAGAAGAGAUGAAGGAGUUAGAGCGAGAGCUGGUUGAUGAACUCCAGAUUGUGAUUGGUGGGUGGAAGGAAUGCAAACGAGAGCUCAUCGAAGAAGACGUCAGAGAGAUGUUCCAUAGAAUGGGGAUCAUUGUGCUUGCGCUGAAGGACCUCAAAUACACCUCGCCUGCGGACGGCCAACAGCAUUGCAAGUUUUGGGCGGCAAGGAAUAG